GAAGAGAAAACAGGGAGGUGAUCAGUGCUAAAACUCUUCUGAAAUUUUUAACUUUAUAUUCUACAUAAACUUCAGUUUAUUCCGGCACAUUCAUCAGAUACUACUGUAUCAGAUCUACCUACUGUCAUACAGCUCUUCCUGGAAUAGAAAAGUGAUUGUAUCUAAAGGAGAAGGGGACACUGACAGCUGUCAUGGCCAAUCGGGGAGCAGCAACCCGGCCCAACGGCCCCAAUGCUGGCAAUAAGAUCUGCCAGUUUAAACUAGUCCUGCUGGGAGAGUCUGCUGUUGGCAAGUCCAGUCUUGUCCUGCGUUUUGUCAAAGGCCAGUUUCAUGAGUUUCAGGAGAGCACAAUAGGAGCUGCCUUCCUGACACAGACAGUGUGCUUGGAUGACACAACAGUGAAGUUUGAGAUCUGGGACACAGCUGGGCAGGAGCGCUACCACAGCUUGGCUCCCAUGUACUAUAGAGGUGCCCAGGCCGCUAUUGUUGUGUACGACAUCACCAAUGAAGAAUCAUUUGCAAGAGCAAAGAACUGGGUAAAAGAGCUCCAGAGGCAGGCCAGUCCAAACAUUGUCAUUGCUCUGUCUGGAAACAAGGCUGACCUUGCUAACAAGAGAGCAGUUGACUUCCAGGAAGCUCAAUCUUAUGCAGAUGAUAACAGUUUGCUGUUCAUGGAGACAUCAGCCAAGACCUCUAUGAAUGUGAAUGAGAUUUUUAUGGCUAUUGCUAAAAGGUUGCCUAAGGCUGAGCCCCAGGCUGCUGGACCCAACAGUGGACGCGGUCGGGGAGUGGACCUUACCGAGACAGCCCCGCCAACAAAGGCUGCCUGCUGCAGCAACUAAUGCAAAACAUCUCACCCAAACUCUGUUACAGCAGUGACUAAUGAAAGGCCUUGUCCCUCCCCAAAACUCAGUUAUGACAGUAACUAAUGAAAUGCCCAGCUUUGUUUCCCUUUAGUACUUGUUGGUCAACAAUUACAAACGCUUUGUUCAGUCCUUUUGUUUUUUAACUACUUUAUUUUCCGAUGAUUACGUCCUGUGUACAUGUUACAAUCUGCUUUCUGAAGUGCUCAUCAGAAAAAAAAUUUCAGUUAACUUUACGCAAUGGGGCAAUGCUUUGGCUAGAAUCUACCGGUCUAUUGUUUAAGACUCUAAUCUGGAGAUCUCAGACAAGAUCUUUUUUUUUUCUGUUUUCAUUUCCACCUUUUUUAUUAUCAUUGUACUUUUGCAGAAUAAUGGAUGCCCGUUUCACUACAAGGCCCAAACAUAUAUCAAAGUUUUAACCUUCUCUAAUGGCACAAGAGAGUGAGGGUGAGAAUAAAUUCCCCUUACUGAUCCUUCUUGCAGCACAUUUCUUUGUGGCCCUCCGCUGCUUCUACAUGCCCCCAGUAUCAUUGUGCAAUAGCUGACUGCCCAUGUAUUUUGACUGUACUGCCUGUAAAUACACCAACAAAAUAUUCACACACAUACACAAACACCCAUCUGGCCUUAACAGUGAUGAUUCUGUCCCCACUCUCUGCCCCUAUUCAGCCCUUACACUUCGGUCAGUUCUUUGUCAGGCACAGUUUGUGCCAGCCAGCUUGCAUGUUUGAGCGUACAUAGGGGUCUACACUGUUCAACUGCACUUGCAAGAAUAAGGUGAUUUGCACCCUUUUUAUUAGCUUUUACACACAUUCACAUUUAAACAGUCAUCUUUGAUCAGGUUUUAACACACCCAGGUGUUUUUUUUUUAUUUUAUGCCUUGCACUAAUUUUGUUUAUGAAUAUAUCUGAUAUAUAUAUACAGGGUGGGCCAUUAAUAUGGAUACACCUAAAUAAAAUGGGAAUGGUUGGUGAUAUUAACUUCCUGUUUGUGGCACAUUAGUAUAUGGGAGGGGGAAAACUUUUCAAGAUG